UUGGUCCAAAUUGGCUAAAUUCGGCUGGCAUCCAGGCUAGUUGGUCAGUGUACUAAACUCAGAUAUGGUGGCAGUCAUUCGUCUGUAAUUCCUCGUUUCUUGGUCACUGGUUAGUCUAUAUUUUUGUAACGAUGCCGGGGAUGUGCUCUGUGCCGGGCUGCAAGGGCUACAAGAAGGCGAGGUCCCGGGGAGUCGUCUUCCACUCUCUGCCUACAAGAGACCCGGGGAGAUGCAGAAAGUGGUUAAAGGCCAUACAUAAUCCCAAAUUUGACGAAAACACACCAGUAAGUAAGUACGGCAAUAUAAGAGUCUGUAGCCAGCAUUUUAAACCGGAAGAUUACGAACCGGACAUACAAGCAGAACUUAUGAAAACAACGCCCCGAAAAAUCCUCAAAUCAGGCGUAGUUCCAACCGUUUUCUCUGGAAGACAGCAAGAGGACCUCAGAACAUCCCUGCCAGCAAAUGACAGAGGCCGAACAGAGGGUCUGAGUACAUCUUCACAGGCUUCUUUCCUGGGUGUCCAUGGUACUGGUGUCUAUACUGCAUUAUCUCCCUCCCUGCCAAUUCCUAUUGCCUCAAACAUCCCCUCCCAGCCCCCUCUUCCAGCUGAACUCAGUGGAAGUUUGUGCAGUGUGGCAUCUGUGGAUCGUCUGAAGGAGAGGUUCCACCAAGAGACUGAGUUGAGCUCGACAGUAACAUCAAAAUCUGAUGAGAACACAGAAAAAGACUUGAGCCAAUCAAAGACUAUUGUAAAUGACAGCUGCUUGAUGGAGCUGUUUAAGAAGUGUCAGACCUGUGGACAGCCCAUAACCAAAAAUAAGGUGUCUCACUGUGGUGCACAGACAAAGGUGUGGUGGAGCUGCCUUGGUGGACACAAGGGCAUAUGGAUGUCAUCACCUCACCUUUGGGAGGCGUUUCCUGAAAUCCACCUUCUUACAACUCUUUCUGUUCUUUUUUCUGGAGGCACCUUUACACACUUUAAAAAAUGGGCCAAACACCUGCACCUGAAUUUCAUAGGGCAUAAAACCUUUUUUGAAAUUCAAAAGGCAUACCUCAACCCAGAAAUGAAACAGAUGAACAGGACUGAGCAGGAACAGAUCUUUGCAAAGAGCGUCCACAAACGGCCUGAAGGCAUUCUUCUUCACAUUUCAGAUCCUCUGAAGAAAAUGAAGGCCAAGUCAAGGAGAAGAGAGAAGGGAGCUCUGUCGUUAAGUUAUGAGAAGAGAUCCCCCUUAUUGGAGUCUACUGAAAUGUGUCUGCAAGAACCAACUGCACUAUCAAGUCUUGGACGUCUAUCGGCCUCUGAAAAAGGUAAACGAAAACAUGAACAUCGGAGUGAAACCACACAUAUGGCAUCAGAGGUCGACUGGAUUCAGGACAGUUUUGAGGAAAUGGAGGUCACCAUUGAAGACGAUGAAUUCAACAGUGUGAAGAACAGAAUAUCUGACUUGACUAGUGAUAUGGAAAACGUUGAAGAAACAACUGAGCCGAGUGCUCUAGGAGCUGCUGAUAGCUGUGAUGAAGACGUCUACGUACCAAUAAUUCCUCAGAGGUCCAAAACAUCUGAACUUUUACUGGAAUGUGAAGAAGAGGAGCUGGAGCCAUGGCAGAAACACACUUUACGUGUUCACUUGAAAGAAGAGAGGAUGAUGUUCGAGAGUUGACAACGUGUCUGGAAGGAGGCAGAGGUUCUCCGUGAUCUGCAGCUCUGUAACCAGGAGAGGAACUCCAGUCUGGACCAAGAGGACCCAGAGCCUCCACAGAUUAAAGAGGAACCGGAGCCACUCAACACCGGUCAAAAGGGAGAGCAGAUUGUACUGAUUGUACCAAAGCCAGAGACUGAUACCAAAGGCCAGAGUGCAGCAGAGACAGAGCAUCCAGCUAGCAUCUGUAUCACAUGGAUAAAAGACAAAUCUGACUGGGAAAAUUCUGAAGCAUCAGAAUCAAACCGUGACCACCAGGUCCUCUCUCACAACUCCCAUGAAGCUGAGAACCAAGAUCGGAAAGGAGGCCACCAUGGAGAUUCAGAUCAACUAGAAAGGCAGAGCCAGAACCACAGAAGAGACAUCGCACAAGUAAUAGUCCUACAGUCCUGUCAACCAUUCACUGUAAUACUCACACAGGUAAAAAGGCUUUCAAACGUGACACGUUUGAGAAAGCUUUUAGAAAAAACUCAGAUUUGCAUAGACACAUGAGACUCCACACAGGUGAAUAACCAUAUUCUUUCUGCACUGUGAAAAGAUUUUAGACGUUAUAUUGUCUUGUUGGUCCACAUGAGAGGAACAAACACGAUCUGCGGGAAAACAUACUUUGAUGCGUCUGAUUUGGCAAAGCAUACUGUAUAAGAUAGAAUACAGGCAAGUAGCCUUAGUUUUUUUUUUUGAUUGCUAAUAUGCGUUGGUCAAAACUAAAGUCACAUUGUCAAAACACUUCACACAGUGAAACAAAAGACUAUGGGGGCCGAACUGUGAAUCAUUUUUAAUUUCUUUCACACAAAAGGCAUUCAGUUAGGUGUUUUUUCUUAUAUACUCCACCACCUGCAAAACACUAUGUAUUUGCAGCACAUUGUAUAAAUACUAACACUGUUUUCAAAACAGAAUGAUGGCAAAUUUAGUGCAUUUCUGCAGUAACCAUAUUGAAAUAUGCAGAAAAUCUUAGCAGAAUAUUUACAAUAAAAUGAAAUAAACAUUCUAAACAUAGCAUCCCAAGAUAAGACGCAAGCGUUGAUGUUGAGAACUUGUUGUCACGUGCAGGAGAGAGGUAGGACUAGAACCCUCACAGUACUGUAAAGUAUGAGUGAUAAUACUAUACAUUUGGUAAUUAUUAUUAUUGCAGCCAUAGAAUUUCGGGAAUUUGUUUUUGUUUCAAGCUUUUUAUUUUUCACAAAUAAAUGAUUGGAUACACAGAUAUAGAAAAAAGGAAAGGAUAUUGAAGCAAAUUGCAAUUCUGAUUCAUUCUUGUUGCAUAUACUUCACUACAGUCAAUGUGAAAGUGAAAAGAUGUUAAAAAUUAUUCAAACUUCAGAUUCACCUUGAAGUCAAAUUCUGUUCAUCAAGGCUGCAGAUGGGUGUGACUGACAUUAAGAGUGAAGAAUAGUUCUUUAAGUAUGAUUUGAUAGUUUUUGGUAGUUUGAUCAGUAGUAGAUGUACUUUUUAGUCCACUAAAUUUACUUGACAGAUAAACAUAAAAAUAAAUUAAAUAAAUACUUACAGUUUUUUUCAAUUGCUAAAUGACAGUGGGCACAA